AUGUCCACCGUCACUCUCGUCAAGAAACAAGCCGAUUUCAUCCUCAGAACCCCUCUUUUGAGACAGCUAUUGGUGCCAACAGCCAAGGCGUUCACGUACUUCUCCGGCUACAGACAGAUGGGCCUCAAGCUUGACGACUUGCUCCAGGAGGAAAACCCAGCCAUGCAGAAGGCUAUUUCCAGACUCCCAGCAGAAGAGUCGUACGCCAGAAACUACAGAAACAUCACCGCCCACCAGUUGGCCGUCUCCGUCGAAGUCUUGCCAGAGUCCAAGGCCAUCAAGGCUAGUGAGGACACCCCAUACUUGACUCCUUACGUUUUGGAAGCCGAAGCCGAGCUUGCCGAAAAGGAAGCCUUGAACAACUCCGUCCUCGUCAAAUAA